AUGGGCCAAGCACGCAGCGCCGCGGCGCGGCACACGCCUGCGUUUGGUUCCUUUACAAGGCCCCGUGCUGGUGUGCCGCCAUCGCCGUCUACAUCCCGUGCGCUGGCGCGAUGGACCGUGUUCACUGUUGCGCUUCUCGUUGUCGUCGCGGCACUCUCCCCGGGCGUCUUUGAGCCGGCCCGCGCCGACGACGGAUUCAGGGCAGUCACCGUCGCGUCAUGCCCGUACGGCUGGUCCCUUUAUUCUCCGCCGAUGCCCAUCAACACCACCGACAGCGCUGCGGAGGCGCACCUGUGCGCUCGUGUAUUCAUCAGGACGCCCGUGCCUGACUCCGCUGCCGAGUCCCUCUGCACCUCGCUCUUCUCGAGCGGCAGCGACGCCCCUCUCAGCAGGGAUGGCGUCACACCGUGGCCGUACGCCACGUACGCCUCCCCACACGGAGUCGCCGUGCACUCCGCAGCGGAGAACGCGUUCUUUAGAAGUCUGUUUUCGGACGCUUACAACGCCGGAGCGGAAGACGAUGGCGUCGUCGUACUCGGUGGCGCAGCCGGCUACGGCGUGGUGCACUGGUACGCCGACGCGAGCAGCAGCGGUGGUAACGCGCUACAUCAGCGACAGAAGAUGCGAACCCGCGCUGAGCUGCAGGAGAUACGGAGCCCUAGUUGGUUGAACAGCUCACGUGCAGCGCACACACGAGGAGGCCUCCCGCAACAGCUCGCGCAGACGACAGCGGUGGAGGCAGCAUCGGCAGCAGCCGCCUCCACAGGCAGCGCGGCGUACACGAACUUCGCCGCUGAUGUGGACUGGCAAAGGCACUCAGGUUUGAUCGCGAUGCGCGCGAGUGGGCAGUGGACGUUGCUGACGUCCGCAGCGUCGGCGCACGCGUUCGCGUGCGCCUUCAAGGCGGACUUCACCGUCAUCCCGCCUGCCACCUCGCCCACUAGCCGCGGCAGCGGCAAUGCGCGCGGCACCUCCUCCUCCUCGGGCAACUCCGACAGCAAUAGUGAAGGUGAGUCGAACUCCGGCUUUCCCCAGCGAGGUGGCAGCCACGCCAAGAGACCAGCAGCGCCGCAGCCCGCGCCGCCGUGCCUGAGCGGUUGGACGGCGCUGCCGGCCUCCGUCGACACAAGUGACGGUGCCGCGAACACCGUGUGCUACCGCCUUUUCGCUAACGCCAGCGAAGUGGGCGGCCGCCUCGGCAAGAACUUUGAAGGCGCUCGGGAGCACUGCGCUGCGGUGAAUCCGAAAGGGUCGCUGGCAAGCAUUAUGUCGCAGCAGGAGAACACAUGGGUCGUGUCCACGCUGCUGAGCGCGAUGGCGGCGCCGCCGACUCCGUGCACGUGCGAUGGCAGCAGCAUGGCCGAAGCACCUGCCCACGCGGCCUCGGUGGUGGCCAUGAACGGCGUCACACACAGCGCGCGAACGGUGUUCCUUGGUGGCAGCUUCAUGCACGACAGCAGCGGCGCCGGCCUCAUUGGCAGCUGGUACGCCGACCAGUACCUCUUCAACGCCUCCGAGUACGCCGCGGCAAGCCCGUCCAGUCCGGCGUGGCCGACGAGCACCAAUCUGUACUACUCCAACUGGAGCGAGGGCGAGCCCGCGCUGAGCUACGGCGUUGUCGGCAUCACGCCUCCGCCGCCCACCGAAUGCGACUGCGGCAACGCAUCCACGUCGUCCACUUCCCCAGUAUCAGCUGCUGGCAUGUGGGUCGGCCUGGACCCGCGUUCCACCCAGCCUUUCCUGUGCUCCUACCUGAACGACGGCUCCGUCUUCCCAAGUGUGCCGCCGACGCCGAUGCCAAACCCGUCCUCGACGACGUCGCCGACGCCGAGCCCGUCGGAGCACUGCCUCAGCGGGUGGUCGCACUUGGCCCUGACGAACAGCUGCUAUCGCGUCUUCCCGUCCGCGUCGACGGAGACCGAGGGGGGCUCAGCUGUCACGGCGGCGACCAUGGAGGAGCACUGCGAGCAGGUUCUGCGUGGACAGGUGGUGGUCAGCAAGAUCGGCCGCGUGCGCGCAGUAGCGAUGCAGAGCAUUGCCGAGAGCGACUACGUCGGCUCCCUGCUGAGCCUCUACUUGAAGGACACGAGGAACACCGUAGUGGUGCCGGAAGGCGGCAGCAGCGGCAGCAUCGACUCCACCUCAUCGCCGCUCCCCGUCAGCCUUGCUGGCGUCUCCUUCAUUGACCACGGCGCUGGAGGUUUCUACCUUAGCGGCGUGCGUGAACUAGACCCGCUCCUCGCUGACCGCCUGUGGGCCGCCGGAGAGCCGGCCAAUGUCAAGGGCUGCGUCGCGGUGGACGCCGGUGGGCUGUGGUACUACAUCCCUUGCAGUAGCAGCUCGGCCAGCAUGCCAGCAAACGAGGCGGUGCGAGUACUGGCCUAUACGUGCCAGUACCGCGCCUCCGACAUCGACCCGAAGCAGGAUCUCAUCCCGGAGGCGACGACGCAGCCGCCAAUUCCGACGAGUAAUCCCGACUGGUCCUCGGACAGCGACAGCAGCUCCCCGUGGUUGCCGCUCGGCCAGCGCGUGCAGGCCCUCUCCGGCGCCGUGCACGUGGUGGCGGCGGCAGGCAGCACCGGUAUUUACGCCCUGCAGGGCCCCAACGCGACCAUCCCGCCCGUCGCCAGCGUGCACGGCCUGCACUUCUUCUUCGCCCCGCUCUCCGCCUACUACACCUACCCAGCCCCGCGGCGCGCGGUGGAUGGGACGGUGAUUGUGCCACCAGUGCAGACGACCCCCGGCAUGUCCGUCGACGAUCUCCUCUCGAUUGCCAUCACCGGUGAGAGCUCGCCCGUUGCGCCGUGUGCGGGCCACAAAGAGCAGUCACGCAUCGCACGCGUCCGCGCGAACGUGAUUACGGUGCAACACACCAACCACAGCGAGGUCGGCUACGUGUGCGUCUCCCAAGACGGGCGUAACUACGUGCCAACGGCCAUCACGUACGAGGUGACAGAGGUGACAGUGGACGGCUUUAUCAACACACCGUCGCGCUCGCCGGCGGCCAACAGCACCGCCGCGUGGCUGCCGCCGCUGUUCUGCGGGACCGCCAUCGAAGUUGCCACCACCACGCCAUCCGCGGCAGCGUCGGCCUGUGCUCUGCAGCGUGACGUUGCGAUCGCCGAGCAUGCGACGGGCACCGUGCAGCUGGUGCUUCGUCGGAGCGGCGGCGCCUCUGCCGCCGGCACAGUCACGACAGUGCUGUCGCCCGAGGUGGACACCGUUGUCAGCCACGUGCGACUGUCCUCCUCGGCCGACUGCAUGGGAGAGCAGGUGCCGUUCCAGCUCCUGGACUCGGAGAUCGAGGUUCGGCACGUCUCCAGUGAGCGCUACACGCAGUCCUCUUCGCCGCUGCGCGCCGCCAGCGGACGUGUGCGCGGCAACGCGUCCCUGCAGUACAGCGUCUUCAGCUACCAGCACGCUAGCGUCCAUGCCGCGCGUCUUGCCUCGCUCGACCCCGUCUACAACUCUUCCGAGGUGUCCAGCGUCCUGGCUCAGUUCCAGCAUCCAGCGGAGUACUACGUGUGCGUUUCGGUGCACAAGCCGCCAUCGACGCUGACGUCCGACGUCGCGGAAAUCGGCGCGGCCUCGCGACGCCUCCUGGCGCUGUGGGGAGCCUCUGUCAACCCCGGCAUCAGCAGCAGCAGCAGCAGCAGCAGUGGCGCCUCCACAACGUUCUCUCUCUCCAUUGCAGAGCGCCUCGCAGCCCGCACGUCUGUCAGCCCAGCCGGUGCUGCAGUGCGCACCUACACCGCCGUCCCAGGGCUCAAGGCACACCUUGUGCCACCGCCUGUGUCCAUCAAGGGUAUGUGGGCGUUGCCGCCGCGUCGACUGCGCCAGCAGCGGGCGUGGUCCGCCGGCGCCAGCGGCUCCACCACGGCUGCAGGGGCGCCUUGGGCGACGCUUGUACCGGCCGCCGCGACGCACAACCGCAGCGCGCACUACCUGCUGCGCACCCAGCACCCCUUCGACUCCACGGACCCGAUGUCGGCGUCGUCGUCCUCGACCGCGUUACCAUCCACCGUGCACCUGCACAUCCCUCAGCACAGCUCCCCGAUCAUCCUUCUUGACGGCCACCACGCCGAGCGCGGCAUGCUGGCACUUCUCUCGCAAAAGCCCAACGACUGCAACCGGCACCAACCACUGCCGCUCGACGACCCGACGAGGGCGGCGGCUACGUGGCCGCGGCACCUCGACACGAUGGUGCCGCUAAGCACUGUCACCAUGACCGUAGAGGGAAGCGGCACCGCAGCCGCCACCGCGACGGUGGCGUACAUGCAGCUGAACCUGAACCACACAGGCCUCUGGGGCCAUCACCCGACUCGCACCGACGACCCCGCCGCCACGCAACAGACAUGGUACGUGUGCAUCUCCUAUGGCGCGCUCAGCCCCUUCCUUCCAGUGCGCCAGCCAGCGCUAAGGAUCACGGUGCACCGCCAGCGCGUCGACCGCUUCCUCAUAGACUCCAGCGUCUCCUUCACCAGAAGCGAAGCCGUCGCGGCGGCCGAGGCAGCGGAUGCGUCGACGACGCAUCUGAACGUGAACGCAGGCUUUGCCGGCAUGCUGUGGCUGCACGGCCUCGACGUGCGACUUUGGUCCACGACGACGCUGCACAGCGCUCAAGUGGCCUUCUCGGUCGUGCUGCCGAGCAGCGGCACGGCGGACGACACGGCGGCGCAGUGCGCCAACGCAAACCUCUUCUACGCGCAGCGCGCGCUCGGGCUGCUGACGCCAGAGAGCUGUCAACACACCCGUGCAGCGGGCGUCAACAGCAGCGCCGACGACGAUGCCGCCUGCGAGGACAGCGAGGCGGUGCGGGCGGGCAUGGUCGUCCCACUUGGCUUCUUCACGCAGCACUCGUUACGCCGCAUGCAGCUCUGCCUCUCCGUGCCCCUGCCGUUCGCGACCAACACGACAGGCGGCAGCAGCGAGCUGGUGCCGCAGCGCCGUUUCUUCGCACCCCUCGUCAACACCACGCUGGACGUCCGCCCCAUACAGCUUCUCUACAUGGGCCGCUACAGCUCCAUCCCCGCCUCGGCAGCAGCGGUGCCACCAAACCCCGCGGCACCUCCGUCCACUGGGGCAACGCUCAUCCGCCUCGCCGAGGGCGCCCGCGACGUGGUCCUGCCCCUCACCGGCUACGGCAUCCGUCCUGACAUGACGAUGUUCCUCUCCUCGCAGCUGUGCCACGGUGUGCCGAUCAGCAGCAUCGGCAGACACGACAACCUUGUCAAGGAGCAGAGCGCGCUGAACAUCUCGGUGGUGUCACUGUACGACCUGCCGAGCAGCUACUGGGCUCCCAUGGGGGCCGACAACGACGCGCAGGGCGAUGGCGGCAGCGAGUCCGGCAGUACGCAUCAGCCACGCGUGUUUGUCGUCUUGAAGCACAGCGACCUCCUGAGCAGCUCGGCGGCGCAGCGCCUCUUCGGCGCCAGCACGGCGGCGGCAGACGGGGCACGGAAGCCGCUGAAUGUGUGCCUGUACGCCCCUGGGACGGCAACGCUUGUAUUUCCGACGAACUUCCAGCUUGUCGUGGAGCCACCGCGUGUGACGGCGAUCCGCAACUUGCCGAGCGACGCACCGCUGCUGGCACGCGCGACGGCGCACAUGCCGCCGUACAACAACAACAGCAGCAGCAGCAGCAGCAGCUCCCCCUUGCCGCCGUCGUCGGUCGCCACGGUGGUGUACGCGGGCAUCAUGGAUCUCAUCGUGGAAGGCUUUGGCCUUGAAGGCACGAAUACGUGGCUCACGCCCGCCGUCGACUGCGGCAACGCCUCCAGUCAUCUGUGGCGGACGCCGGUGCAACUCUCCGCCCUGCCGUCCAGCACAACCACCACAAUGCGGAUCGCGGUGGAAAACGGCAGCGUGACGAGCCCGCUCUACGCCGAGUCCACGCGCUACGUCGAUCCGCAGACGUCUUUUUCGAGCUGGUUCAUCUCGCUGCGGCAGGCGGAAACGGCUCGCGUCGGCGCCGACGCGAACAUCAGCAGCGGCACGUACGUGGAUCGCUUCCAGUGGUGCGUGCGCAUCGGGGAAGCGAACGAAGACGAGGCAGUCUCGCCGUACGUCUCGACGGGCCUACCGUACCGCCUGGUCAUCCCGGCUACCGACGGCUUCGUGCUCGAGGACAGCCCCAAGCACCAGAACCACAUCACCACCGUACUGCCGUUGCCAAUGCAACACGCCACCGGGGGGCGGUGGUUUGCAAUGAAGCUGGCCGGGCCCAUCGUCGAUGUCGUUCAAGCCAUCGGCAGCCCACUGUAUAUGUUCCUUGCCCCGAAAGACCUUCCCUGCUACGCCUUGAAGAACAGCUACAUCCACCAAGGCUUACACUCCUUCGGCAGCGCCUCCUUCUCCGCUGUCAACGGCUCGGCGGUGUUGCUGCCGCGCUGGCUCACGGUGCCCGGCAUCUACCAGCUGUGUGCGAGCACACUAUACCCGACGUUGGACUCCGCUGACGAGGGCAUCGAGGCGGCGCUGCAGUUCUUCUCACUGCACGGGCUGCAGGUGCAGCUGACCAACGCGGUCUACAGUGUCUCCGCGCUGAACCACACGACCAGCGUCACAGUGGAACAGGGCCAGGAGUGGGCACUGCCUAUCUCGGGCUCGCUGCUGACGAACCGCAGCCUCGUGCGCUUCCACGCCUCGGCCUCGCAGUGCAGCCAACCGAUGGUGGCGACGACGAGCAGUGGCGGCGCGGAGCUGCCUGAUAUUCGCGUGCAGGACGCCUUCACAGGGUUUUCUCUCUUCGGCGACGAAGACGACAACAGGGACAGCGAGGAUAGCUUUCCCGCGAGCGUACACUACAUUGUCCUCCCCCAGAGCCUCAUCCGCUCCCUGGCGGCCCCGGCGACGUACGUGCUGUGCUUCCAGCCACAGAACCACCUUGACUGGCGCGUCGCCCCGGCCAUCUCGCUUAUCGUGAAGACGCACGUGCGCCGCCCAACGGCGUACAGCUACUUCCCAGCGGACGGAAGUGAGGAUGUGGUGCUGCUGACGGCGCUGCCGCCUAGCAAGGUGGCGCUGGAGUGGAACACCGGCGAGGAGAACAUGGUGAACGUUGUCGGCACAGCUGGCCGGCAGGUUUCACUCGCGCUGUGGUGUCUUCCAGCGCCAACGAGAAGCAACAACAGCGGCGUGGGCGUGGAGGAGGAUUUGGUGCCGUGCGGAGAUCACCGACGUGUCAUGUUCGUGAAGCCGAUGGACAACGACGAGGAUCCGUGCUUCGUCGACGCGGAGGCCGUGCCGGAAGACGUCGUGCGCGGGCCCUAUGUGCUGCACACCGGUGUUCUGACGAUGCCGUAUGUGCCGAGCACGCGCGGGAGCGGCAAUGGCGAUGACGCGGUGCCGGUGAUCAUCCCGAACAUCACGCAGCCGUGGAUCAUGUGCCUCGAGACGGGACCAGAGCGGUGGCGCGAGCCGGUGCACCCGAUGUUCCAGCUUCAGUACACGCACGCGAUGCCGACCGGCUUCCGUGUGAAGGCCGACGACGCGAGCAACACGACGGCGCCGUUCCCAGCGCACAAGGUGGGCGUUGCAGCCACAACAAGCGCCGAGGUAGACCGUGGGACGGGCAUGCGCGCCGGCGGCAACACGACACUCAUUCUCUACGCGCAGGACAGCAGCCAGGUGGUCUACCUGAACGGCUACGGUAUCGAGCGCGGCCACCGGCUCCGGUUUGGCGCGCGCUGCGAGGAGACAAUGGAACCACCGGCAUCCUCCAGGUCACGAGGUGGAGUCAGCAGCGGCGGCGGAGCGGGUAUGGUGAACUCCACCUUGAGCGACAUGGCGGACUACCACCACCGCGUUGCCGCCCGGCAACUGCUGGCAAACACGCGCCUCUACACCGACCCCCUCCCCAUCGAGGACGACAACGGCGUCUUUCUCGUGCCGAGCACGCACAUUCUGUUGUCGGAGGAAGCCACGAGCGGCGCCGGCGGCAUAGCUGCGUGCGUCUCGACAGAUGGCGGCGCCACGUACGCCAAGACAAGCCUCACUCUGCGGGUGCUCCCGUCUCGCCUUCGCAUCGACACGGAGACGACGCAGCGCAACCUGCUGGCGCAGAUUUUGACAGACACCCUGCUCGUGCCCGAGAACAGUUACGGCAGUGUCGACCUCACCGCGCUCAUCAAGGCAGGGCGGGCCAUCGGCUCCUCUACAGAGGCCGCGAUGGCAUCGCCGAGUAGCGUUGGCGGCUCUGGCAUGAGGGACGCCGACAUGUAUCUUCCGCCUGGCACACAAGUGCUUCUCUCCACCAACUGCAGCUACAACUCGCACGGCAUUCCGCUGCUGACCGUCUCUGUUUCGAACGUGCUGACCUUGGCGAAGCACCACACGGGCACAGUGACGCCGCAGCGGUUGCGCGUGUGCGUCCGCAACCCCGAGGCAGCCGUCGCGGCGGCAGCGGUGCUUGGAAGCGGUGUGUCGGAGGACGACGGCGGCACGACUACAGCAUUCUUCGUGGCUUCUGGAGUGUACUACCGCGUGAUAUCCGUGCAGGUGAGCCGGGUCUCGUUGCACGCGUGGACACCUACGGAAGCGAUGCAGGCGGACUUGAUCGAGCAGGUGGUGUUGCGCCGUAGUGCCAGGGAAGAUCUGCUGCUACCGGUGCUGCUCAAGUCGACGGCACGCGCUGAGACCACCGUGACGGUCGCGUCGAGCCCCGAGGACGAACUCCUCCAGCGUCUGGAGCUGAGUCCGUCCGCACUGUCGCUGCUUUCGCUGACCCGCUUCUACGUCGGGCAGCCGUGCUACCGGUCCGCGCAGUCACCUGACCCCGCCAGCGCCAUCUCGCCCUACGUGUCCUCCUACGGAGGUAUGCAGCUGAACUUUGGCGCCGACAGAAUCACCGUCUCGCCGCUGCCUGGACAAGGGCAGCAGCAGCUGUCAUCGCUAUCGCCGCCAGACAGCCUGAGCAAGACCCUCGUCGCGGCGCUGCCGAGCGGCAACACCUACAGCGUCCCGCAUUACACCCUCGAGUCUCGCGGCUCUGUCUGCUUCUCCGUUGAUGGUGGGCUGCACUACCUCUUCGUUGGCAUUGCGCACUUCACGGAGGAGUGGGCCCCCACCCUGCGCGUCACUCUCAACGCCGAGGAAGACGAGAAAGGCAAGGAUGUUCGUGAAGAGGCAGACGCCACCACGACGGCGACGCCGUCGACGAACGCGAUGCGUGUCUACACCCAAAGCAGCACGACACGCCAACUUCUCGACACGCGCUAUGUCGACCCCGGCACCCUGCCGCCAUGGACUGCGGCAGCCAAUCAUACGGAGGCGCACGUGCUAGCGGAUCUCGGUCAGCUGACGACGGCGAUGCUAUGGACCGGCUUCUUGGGCGACAAUGCCUUCGCCGUGAACGGGCUACUGUACCUGCUUGCCUCCUCGCACGCCGCGCCGUUUGCCGAAACAAGUCCCUCUGGUCUCAUCCUCGGUGGCGGCCCGCAGCCACAGCCGCUCCUCUUCUCCCUCGAUAACCGUCUGCAAAACAUUUCUACGAACAUGACGGUGACGGUGGUGCCCUGGUCCCUCACGUGCUACGGUGACGCUCAGCAGCGAGAGCUCUACGUGCAUCCGCCAGACGUCGGCCUCUUGGCCGCCACGACACCGGGGCGGUGCAGCGCCGGUAUGCGAGACGGGGUGCGCGUGCGCGUGGUGCCGCUGAGCAUGGCAGCGUGCAACGACACCAUCGCGGUGGACACGCUCUACUUGUUUGAUCUCUCCACCGUGCAGCCUGCGGUGUGGGGCGCGACGGCGGCGGCGGGCGAAGCUGCAUCGUCCCCGGCGCGGGCGAUGCAGCUUCCGAUAGGCCUGCGCUACACUCCCGAGGGGCUCUACGCCCUGUGUCUCCGGCAAGACCUGCCCUACGUGUCGAGCCUGCUGAGCGACAACAACGCACGUGCACCAGGUAACCUCGUUCCGGCCACCUACGCCGCAACGCCACUUCGGCUGCGUGUCUCGCGUAACUGGACGGUCGUGUCCGUCAGCAGCGCAACCGUCUCGAACAGCAGCGACAACGUCGUCGCCAUCGCACAAAGCAGCCACGCCGAGCUCCCCGUGACCGGCACGGCCGUACGCGUGCGCGGCACGCCGGUGUUGUUCGCCUUCGCCCCUCCAUCUGCGCAGACGGUGACGCGCCGCGGCGGCAGCGGGCUGUGGACGUGGUCGGGUGGCUGUGCGGCGGUGCCAGAGGCGUGGGACCCUGUUACAGGUAUGCCGUUGGUAUCAGCGUCGGCGUCCAGUGCCAGCGGCCCAGAUGGCUUGCUGCUCACGGCGCCGUGGCGCAACGCCCAGAGCGGCGUGCUGCGUGUGGAUGCCGCGUACGUGAGCCGAGUGGAGUGGGAUACCGCCGCUGUCGUACCAGCAGCAGCAACCAACGGCAACAGCACAACCGCGAGCGCGCGCUACGCUGGCCGGCUGCGGUCGUAUGCACUCUGCUACAGCGUUGAUGGUGGCCUCAGCUUCCAGGCGGCCGGCACGGCAGGGCAGACGUCGCCGCGUACUCUCGCCGCUGUCGUCGUGCCACCCACCAUCACGUCCCUCUCCUGCAACCGCACCACCGCAGCAGAUCCGGCGCAGCGUCUGUUGGGGUGGUCCGCCGACAACGCCACCGCCACGACGGUGCGUGUGCAGUACCUCUACUCGAGCCCCGGCGCGGACGCCAGCAUCACCUCAUCGCCGCAGGUAGUGACCUACGCGGCGCGGCCACCAACGUACACGUAUGCGUGGACGAGUGCCUUUGUCGGCAACGGCAUGGGUGCAGCGAGCGGGCGUCGCCUCCCCACCGUGACGACAACGGCGGCAGACGUGCCGACGGUGGCCGCAGCGGUGGCCCUCGUCCGCACAAGCCGGUACGGCGCACGCUGCGACGGUGCCGCGGCGGUGUCAGCGAACUUUACGCAGUUCUACGGCACCACGGUGUUUGGCGCAGAUGCGUGGAACGUGUCCGCGGUGAACACAUCGUCUCCGCUGGCGAUGCCCAUCUUCCUCAUCAACCUGCAGCACGGCGGGGUGUGGUCGACUGCCGACACGGCCGCCGUCGUGGCGUGGCGCGGGGCUCAGACAGCCAAGGGUGUCGCGGAGUUCGAGCGCAUGAACCCGGUGCUGUCGCAAGAGACAUGGGUGAACCAGACGGCCGCGUUGUGGGCGCGCUACAAGGAUGUUCCAGGAGCCCCGCUAAACGGCCAGUCCAUUCUUGGCUGGGCGACUGACGCGGCUACGGCAGCCUCGCGCAGCAACGGCGAGUCAAUUGUGGUGUGUCUCAGCAUUGACGGCGCGCACUUCUACAGCGCUGAUGUCGCCCGGGCCGCUGCUCUCGCUCCCAAGGCGCAGGCGCAGCAGCAAGUGGUGAUCGCCACUGCCAGUGCAAGCAGCAGCAGCACCACCACGACCGUCACGCAUCUGUCGCCAUGGCCGCUCUACCUCCGCUCCAUCGUGGGGCCGUCGAUCAGCAACGCCAGCGCGAACACCACGAUGGCGUCUGUGACGACGCAGCUUCUCUGGAUGCGAGAGAUCUCCAUGGUAAUGGAGCUGCUUGCCCGUCCCACCACCAACGCCGCCACGGCAACGGCGGCAGCUGCUUCCGGCUCGCCCUACCUUGGCUGCACCUCCGCCUCCCUAGCGCUCUUCCAAGAGGCGAUGGCCGCCGCACUUGGCAUCGACCCGUCAGUGGUUGUCGUCCAGCUGCACAUGUCGGGGCUUGUGGCCCUGCCCAAGGCGGCCGCCUCGUUGCACGCCGUCGAGUCCGUGGCCGUGGCUGCGGUGCAGGCGCGUCACCGCGCCGCAGGAACUCUUGGCGGCCUACAGAGGGCCUCAACAGCCCUCACGGAUAAAGCAACAGCAGACCCGCAGCCGGUGCUGCUGCCGACCUACGCGCUGGUGCUCAGCAUUAUUGCGGAUGCGGUGGCCUAUAACGCCGCAGUGAACACCUCGACUCUGUCGGCCGCGCCUGACCUGCUCUACCGUGGUGUGCAGCUUCUGCGAGACAAUGCGAGCGGCCCGGCCCUUCUCGCCACCUUAGCACGCGGCCGUGACGCCGUCGCCACCGCUUCGUUGAGUUCGCUGACCGUGAACUUUACGCUGCGCAACGGCGUCGACCUACACGCUGCGAAUGCAACCAUGUCCGCUGCGCUGCCUUGGUCACCGCCUCAAGAGGUGGCGUGGCGACGCCUGUUCCUGAGCAUCCCGCACGCCACGCUGAGCCCAGGCCCGGUACCGGAUGACAAGGAUAACGACACCACCUCGAAGCUCAGGUGGUGGGCUAUUCCGUUGCUACUCGUCCUGCCAGGGAUCAUGGUGUACGGAACGUACUACGUCUACAAGAAGUACCUGCAGCCCGCCAAUGAGGCGACGAAGGCGCCGGUCGUGGAGGAACACCAGUAA